GUCGACCGGCGUCCCCUGACAGCUGGUGCCGCUAUACCCGGCGAUUAGAUGAGCGUAUCCGUUCUUACCAAAAAUAAAAAUUUUAUGAAUCUGUUCAUUGAGACGACGGCAGUUUCCAAAUCUUUUUAAAUAGUAGAUAAGUUCGGGAUUCGGCCAUGGAAGACCAGAGACCGAAGGCAUCGUGAACACCCAUGGCACCGCACCUCUGAGAAGAAAUCUGCGAACGGUACCCGAAAAGAAGGCUUUUUGAACAGAGUUAACGCCAUUUUGGAGGGAGAUCACGGAAACAGGGGAAGUCGUCGCGAGGAAGGCAUGGCAUUCUAUACUGCGCCAUCUGUUCUCCUCUUCCUCUCUCUCUCCUUCCUUUUCGCUAUUUCAGCGACUCAUUCGGCACCCGUAUCAGGUGGAGGGAGAGAAGAUGUUUUGGUUCCAUUCAGAAGGUCCGUUGUCGAGGGGCAAUCACCUGCCAGGCUUUUGGUGGAGAACAACUCUUUUGUCUUGGCGGCAGAGAGGACACAAAGGAGAGACCCUUUGAACGGCUUCAAAAGUUACAACGGGGGUUGGAAUAUCAGUAAUCGGCAUUAUUGGGCUUCUGUUGGUUUGACUGCUGCUCCUUUCUUUUCGAUUGCUGCUGUAUGGUUCUUGGGCUUUGGGUUGGUCAUGGUUUUCAUCUGUUGCUGUUACUGCUGCUGCCCACGCCGUAGUUACUCAUAUUCACGCAUAGCUUAUGCUCUUUCUCUUGUAUUGCUCAUUCUCUUCACCUGUGUCGCAAUCAUUGGAUGCUUUCUUUUAUACAAGGGACAAGGGAAAUUUCACAGUAGCACUUCGACUACAUUGGAUUUUGUUGUGGGCCAAGCAAAUAUCACGGUGGCCAAUCUUCGGAAUUUCUCAGAUAAUUUGGCUGAUGCUAAGAAGAUUGGGGUGGGUCAGAUUGCUCUUCCUCCUCCUGUCCUGGAUAAGAUUGAUGGGCUCAUGGUGAAGCUUAACACGUCCAUGAAUUACCUUGUUUCUCAUACAUCUGACAAUUCCAAGAAGAUUCAAGAUGCGGUGGACUCUGUGCGGUUGUUUUUAAUCAUAGUUGCAGCUGCAAUGCUCCUAUUGGCAUUUCUUGGAUUCUUGUUCUCUGUACUUGGCAUGCAAUUCCUUGUCUAUUUCUUAGUGCCUGUUGGAUGGAUUCUCAUUGCUGGAACCUUUAUCCUGUGUGGUGUAUUCCUUCUCUUGCAUAAUGUGGUCACAGACACAUGCGUUGCGAUGGAUGAAUGGGUCCUUCACCCUCAGGAGCAUACAGCUUUGGAUGAUAUCCUUCCCUGUGUGGAUGGUGCCACUACCAAUGAAUCUCUGUAUCAAAGCAAGGAAGUUACUUACCAGGUGGUGACUGUUGUCAAUCAGGUCAUCAUGAACAUCUCCAAUGUGAACUACCCCAGUAGUGUCGGGCCUGUAUAUUAUAACCAGUCUGGACCCUUGAUGCCCAUACUCUGCAAUCCAUACAGAUCGGACUUUAGCAGCCGCACAUGCAUCACUGGAGAAGUCAGACUGGAAGAUGCAUCGCAGGUUUGGCAGGGCUAUGUAUGCAAUGUCUCUAAUGCAUCUGGGUCUGAGAUAUGUACUACUGUGGGUCGCAUUACUCCGAGCAUGUAUGCCCGGAUGACAGGGGCAGUGAAUGUGAGCUAUGGCAUGUAUCAUUAUGGACCAUUCCUUGCUCAACUAGCAGAUUGCUCCUUUGUUCGGCAGACAUUUAGAUCGAUAAGUCAAAACAACUGCCCUGGCCUCGGACGAAACAGCAAGCACAUCUAUGUAGGCUUGAUGAUGGUCUCAGCUGCUGUGAUGCUGUCUUUGAUCUUCUGGGUCAUCUAUGCUCGGGAGAGGAGGCAUCGCAAGUAUAACAAGCAAUUCAUUGUUCGAUCGGCUCCUACACCUCUUCAAGAGAAAGCACUCUUAAGUAGUCCAAGAUCAUGAUCUUUAUGCUCAGCUGUUUAGAUGAUGAAGAUGAUAGAUUUUACCUGAUGUUUCUUCUGAUGUUCUCUGGGUUGUUCUUAUAUUCUGAAAAUAUUUAUGGGAUGAUGUUGAUUAUUUAGAUCUAAUAAAGUUUAUUGAUGUUUAUA